AUGCACGCCUUCACUACUACCACUGCUGGCGCUCUUGCCAUCCUCUCCCUCGUUCAAUUCUGCCCUGCACCCCCAGCUGUCAUCGGUGCAGUCGCGGGUGGUCUUGGUGGAGGUGCCAUCUCUGGAGGCAUUGUCGCAGGCUCCAAGGACCGCCGUGACCUGCCUGCUGGUGUUUCCCAGGAAUCUAUGGACCAGUGUAUCCAGCAAAUCAACUCCCAGGGAGGCCCGGUGAACGUCUACAGUACCGGCGAUGACUCUGCUCGUGCCGACAAUGUUCCGCCAGCCUGUAUGAACCUUGCUACUGUUCUUCUCGACAAGACUGCCCAGGCAGGUGGCCCCGUUCCCGUUCCCAUGGGCAGCGCUAACCUCGAGUACCAUGGUCUUAGCGCUCAAGACAAGAAGGACCUUCAGGCUGCUCUGUCUGGUUAA